CAGCGGCGACUGUCGGUUCGAAUCCGGGAGGAGCGGGAAAGAAGGCCGGAGAGAGAAAGAAACUCCACUUGCGGUGACAGCUCGGGGGCUGUUGAACCGAUCGAAUUUGCCGUGGUUAGUGAGUGGAUUUGUGGUGGUCAGGGUGAUGGGGACUCAAUCUGCUGCACAGAUUCCCACCAGUUUUGGAAAGGAGCUUCGAGCAUGCCUUCGAUGCAGCCUCGUCAAGACCUACAAGCAGUUCACAGAUGUCGGAUGUGAGAAUUGUCCAUUCUUUAACAUGGAUCAAGACAAUGAUAGGGUGCUUGAUUGCACUACGCCCAACUUUGCAGGUGUCAUAGCUUCAAUGGAUCCUACUAGCAGCUGGGCGGCACGCUGGCAGAGAAUAAGCAAGUUUGUUCCUGGCUGUUACGCUCUGUCCGUCACUGGCUUGCUUCCGGAAGAAAUGGCGGCCAUCUGUGAAUACAACAAUGUUCGCUACGUUCCUCGUAGCUAAGGAUCAUGAUUUGACACCGAAAACGACUCACUUUAAUGGGUAUCAUCUCGUUCAAUUCCUUUAGCUUGAACUAAGACUGAGCACUUAUGAUCAGACUCUGUGGUUGCAGCACUGAAGUACGGCAGUUAUAGUUUAGAACACUUCCCUUUGCAUAAGGUAUAACUGGUGGGCUAAGGACUCCUAGAGAACACUGGUAUAGUCGACUCGAUUUUGUGUCUGCCGACUCACUAGUAGCCGGUUCUAUGUCUACAGUUUUUCCAUUUCAGCAAUCUUGGUUCAACUAGCUUGCUAGAGAAAAUGGUAGGUGGGGAUGGAGGCCCUCAAUGUUGAAGGCUCACCUGAAGAAUGAGUCCUUCUCAAGUCAUAGCGUAUUCUAGGCCGCUUUUUCAGCACGAGCUGCAUGGUCUGGGUCCACAGGCAUUGCCACUGUUCGUUUCAAACAGUGUCAAUGCUUGUCUGAGGAUGGAGUCACAUUUGCCACCGUUCAAGUUAUUCCUCACGAGUUGAGCACAGGAAGUCUAAGUGCCUGGACUACUGGGUAUACAAUUGUACAACCCAUUGGUUGGUCUCAUUUAUUUCUGACGCAAAUAACAUCUAGCGGUGUCGGUGGAAUGCUGGAUUCAAUAAAAAUACUUUUACUGUCUUUAAGUCCACGUUUGAUCCACAUAUGUAUGUACGAGCAGCAUGGCGAUCUAGCUUGCUCACUUUGAUGAUAGUUUUCUUCAGUUUUGUAGCAACACUCUUUACAAGGCAC